CCAAAUUGACAUAUGAGCGUGAGAAAAAAAAAAGAGGAGAAAAAUAAUCCCAAAACGCCAAAUCUCAGAUUCAGAUCUCUCAAACCCUAAUUUUCUUAUAGGAAAAUAUCAAUCGAUUCCAGUAGAGAAGUUUCGGUGAGCGAUGUGGAGCACAAUUGCCAAUUUGAAAGAGAAUCUCAACAAAAUCGCACUCGAUGUCCAUGACGACGACGAUGAGGAGCUUCAGAUCCAUGCUCCGGUCGUCGCCGCCGAGGAUCCCUCUGUCUCUGAUCGGAGGUUUUCCCACAACUACGCGCAUUCCAAUGGGAUCGAUUCGGCUUAUAAUUCUGAGAUUGAACAAUAUAAAGCGGAGAUUAAAAGGCUUCAAGAAUCCGAGGCAGAAAUUAAGGCAUUGUCAAUUAAUUAUGCAGCUUUAUUGAAGGACAAAGAGGAUCAGAUUUCCAGAUUGAGCAAAGAAAAUGGUUCAUUGAAACACAAUCUGGAUACGACAAAUGCUGUUCUUAGUGCAUCCAGAAGCGAAAAUUCCAGAACAUCGACUAAUAGCCUACAUGCACUCAAGGGGAGUGGUGAUCAAUCUCCCAGUAGGCAGCAUAAACUUACCGCUCAAGGAAAAGGCCGGUCUACUGGAAAUCAAAUGCAUAAUGGUGUUGUCAAACAGGAUGGGCUAAGCAAUGGAAUUUCACAUGCUGUUCAACCUGAUGCUGCUCAAAGCAAGAUGGAAACAAAGAACUCAAAUUUGAAAGGGAAUGAAAAGGAGCUUGCAGAUUUGCUAGAAGAGAAGAACAGGUCCCUGGCAGCACUUCAGGCUACUCAUGAGUUACAAAUAAAACAAUUAAGGAUGGAACUUGAUAAAGAACGUGAUAAGCUAAAAAAUAUAAACCUUAAAUUACAAGAGGAAAACAAGUUGAAUCAUUCAUUCCUGGAGGAUCUCAACUCAUUAAAAAUGGACAAGGAAAAAACUUCCAUGGAGAUGAACAAGAUACACAGUGAAUUGAAUGAGAAGAGAUCAGUAAUACAACGGUUGCAGAUGGAGUUGAAUAGGAGAGAGGAGGAAGAAGCUAAUGAUAUGGUGGAAAGUUUAAAAGGAGUAAUUGCAAACUUAGAGAAGGAGAAUUCUUGUCUUAAGAGAGAGAAAGAUGAAAUGGAGGUUGCAUUGAGAAUGAGCAAGAAGGCUUCAACAGACAAAAUCUCACCAGAUGUGUCAGAUUUUAGUAGUUUGAACGAGGUGAAUUCUUCUGGAAGUUUUCCAGGAAAAGAAGAAAUGCAAAUAUCUUUGCAACAAGUGGAAAGAGAUUUGAAGGAGGCAUGCCAAGAAAGGGAUAAAGCUUUGCAAGAACUGACUCGUCUUAAGCAGCAUUUGUUAGAAAAGGAAUCUGAAGAAUCAGAAAAAAUGGAUGAGGACAGCAAAAUCAUUGAAGAACUCCGACAAAAUAAUGAAUAUCAAAGAGCUCAAAUAUUAAAUUUGGAGAAAGCUCUAAAGCAGGCAAUUGCAAGGCAGGAUGAGAUUAAGAUGCUGAACAGCAGUGAACUUCAGAAAUCUAAGGAAAUCAUUGAUGACUUAAAUAAAAAGCUUGCAAGUUAUAUGUGCACUUUAGAUGCCAAAAAUGUUGAACUCCUAAAUCUUCAAACCGCUCUUGGCCAAUAUUAUGCUGAAAUGGAGGCAAAGGAACGACUGGAAAGGGAUUUGGCUCAUGCAAGAGAAGAAUCAGCUAAACUUUCUGAGCUUUUGAAGGAUGCAAGUCAACAGGCAGAGCUAUCAAAGAGGGAAAAGGAAGAAAUUUUGGCCAAGCUUUCACAAGCUGAAACUAUGCUAGGAGAAGGAAAAAGCAGAGUGAAUAAGCUUGAGGAAGACAAUAUGAAGCUACGCCGUGCCCUUGAGCAAAGCAUGAUUAGACUUAAUAGGAUGUCAAUGGAUUCAGAUUAUUUCGUUGAUAGGCGCAUUGUCGUAAAAUUAUUGGUGACGUACUUCCAGAGAAACCACAGUAAAGAGGUUCUGGAUCUUAUGGUUCGGAUGCUCGGAUUCUCCGAUGAAGACAAGCAGAGGAUAGGUGUUGCCCAGCAAGGUACUGGUAAAGGUGUUGUUAGAGGAGUACUGGGUUUACCAGGGCGCCUAGUUGGUGGCAUUUUGGGAGGAAGCUCAGGCGAAGCACAACCAAAUGUUGCAUCUGAAAACCAGUCCUUUGCAGAUCUGUGGGUUGAUUUUCUUCUUAAAGAAACUGAAGAAAGAGAGAGAAGGGAAGCCGUGGAAGUCACAGGUGCGCCCAAGGGGGAUCCACACAGAAGUCCAAAUUUUCCAGGAUCUUCUCCAAUGCCCGACCGGGUUGGUGCUGCUUCUGGUUUCUCAAGAUUAAAUCCAGCAGGGAACCCAAACCCAAGCUCCAUGUUCUCCCAUGGAAGCGUACUGCAGUCAGAAGCUUCUGAUUCUGAGUUUUCAAACGUGCCUCUCACAUCAGCAGAGAGUAGUUCUAGGCUCUCAAGACUGCUACCAAAAUACUGAAAAUAUGUUGGUUGUGUAAGUAAAUCAAAGUAUCAAAAUAUAGAUUCUUUGUUGAUGUUGUAGUCAUGCAGUCUUGUUUGAUCAAUUCUUUCAUACAUUUAUUCAAAUGAGAAAAGUUUCUUGCAUAGGCCA